AUGGUUGAACGUGACUUCUACGUGAACGAUUUGAUGACAGGUAAAGACGAAGGCCAGGGGGCAGUUUAUUUGUUUCAACAGCUUACAGAGAUGCUAAAUAAAGGACAAUUUUAUUUUCGCAAGUUGAUCUCGAAUGACAGGACAGUAACAUCAGCCUUACAACAAUCUGAGAGUACUGACUAUCAUCACAUUAAGGUAUCUGAAUUAACGAAGGCUUUAGGUUUUAAUUGGAGCACUAAGGAAGAUAUAGUUUACUUCGUGUUGUGCAAAUUCUCUAGUCAACCACCUACAAAGCGUACUGUAAUUUCAGACAUCGCACGACUAUUUGAUCCAUUGGGUUGGUUAGCACCAGUCACAAUCAAGGCCAAAAUGAUGCUCCAACGCCUUUGGACAAUUGGAACAACAUGGGAUGAAUUGUUACCUACAGUCAUUGCAGAACAAUGGAAAGGCUUUAGGGCUGAACUUCAAACAUUAACAGAAAUAAAAAUACCAUGUCAUGCUAUUGACAGAAAAUACCCACUUCAACUGCAUGGGUUUGCUAACGCAUCUGAACGAGCUUAUGCUGCUGUCGUGUACAGUAGGCAACAAAUUCAGGGAGAAGUUAUAAUCAAGAUACUCUGUGCAAAGAUUAAAGUGGCUCCAUUGAAGGUUGUGACUCUUCCUAGAUUAGAACUCUGUGCAACACAACUCUUAGCUAAGCUAAUGCAUCGAGUGAAUCAACAAUUGCAAAUAAAUAAAGAAAACAUUUUCGCUUGGUCAGAUUCAACUAUAGCUUUGUCUUCGAUUCAAAGUUAUUGUGUUGCACCUAAUUGUAAAAGUAAGUCUACCGACUUUCGAUUGUUCAGAUUUCCUGCAGAUAAGCAGAGGAGAGCGAAAUGGGUGCAGAACUGCAGACGGGAUAAGUGGCAGCCAACUGAACAUUCUAAACUGUGUGAGCUUCAUUUCGAAGAAUCGCAGUUUGAACUGAAAAGAGCUGACGGAAGGAAGCUGCUAAAAUGGAAUGCGAUUCCCACAAUUUUUAAUGUGCCCAAUCCUCCUAAAUCUAUUACGAUAAGGAGGCCUAUUAGGGAAAGAAAACUUCCUGAAGAAAGAAAAACCAAUGCUCUAGUGGAGUCUUCCGUGAACCUUGCCGUGACAGAAAAAACAACUGAAGAAAGUGAUGNAAAAAAGAAAUAA